UAUAUAACCUAAGACGGAUACUAAAUAGGAAAUUAUAUGACUUAUAAUAUUUAAUCUAUCACAUUCUCAAUAAUACAGGCCCUAAAACAACUGUUUUCACCUUUGGUGAUAUGCGUGUGAACCUCCGUGGGUGUAUGAUAGUACAUUCAGACGAACUUAAACAUCAGACAUUUUGCAAUUUGAACUUAAGCAACUACAAGUUUAACUUAGGAGUGUAAUUUAAAGCCAAAAUGUCAGUUUUUCAAAAGAUCGCAGAGGUCGAGGCCGAAAUGGCCAGAACCCAAAAGAACAAAGCCACCAAUUUUCAUCUUGGACUACUAAAAGCAAAGCUGUCAAAGCUGCGAGCACAACUCAUCGAAAGUAGCGGCAGCAAAGGUGGAGGUGGUGGUGAGGGUUUCGACGUUUCCAAAACAGGGGAUGCGCGUGUCGGACUUGUAGGCUUCCCUUCAGUCGGUAAAUCGACCCUUCUAAACAAGUUAACAGGAACGUAUUCUGAAGUUGCAGCAUAUGAAUUCACAACCCUUACUUGCGUGCCUGGUGUAUUUAAAUACAAAGGAUCCAAGAUACAAUUGCUUGAUCUACCAGGUAUCAUCGAGGGAGCUAAGGAUGGUAAGGGUCGUGGUAAGCAGGUUAUCGCUGUGGCUCGAACGUGUAGUCUUAUUCUGGUUGUUCUUGAUGCAGCCAAGUCAAUGAACCAUAAAAGGUUGCUAGAGAAGGAAAUGGAAGGUUUCGGAAUUAGGCUGAACAAGUCACCACCAAACAUCACAUUUACCCGAAAGGAUAAAGGAGGAAUCACAGUUACUCAUACAGUUACACUUACACAUGUUGAUGAGGAAAUGAUUAAAUCUAUCUGUCACGAAUACCGUAUUAGCAAUGCAACUUUUGCCAUACGUUGUGACGCGACUGUCGACGAUAUUAUCGACGUUAUUGAAGGAAAUCGUAUAUACAUACCAUGCCUUUACGUUCUAAACAAAAUCGAUCAAAUUACAAUACCGGAACUCGACAUUCUAUCGCAAGUACCUCACUACGUACCUAUAUCUGCCCACCACGAGUGGAAUUUGGACCUUUUGUUAGAAACUAUAUGGAAGUACUUGGAUCUAGUGCGUAUAUACACUAAACCCCGUGGAAAGAUACCCGAUUACGAUGCACCAGUCAUUCUAAAACGGAAUCAUAGCAAGGUAGAAGACUUCUGUCUAAAGAUUCAUAAGUCUCUGCUUCAACAAUUCAAGUAUGCACUUGUUUGGGGAACUUCUGUAAAACACAACCCACAAAAGGUCGGUAAAGAACAUGUGUUAGCUGACCAAGACAUCGUGCAAAUUGUAAAGCAUUAGUGCCUCAUAUACUUAUGGAAUCUACGCUUUGGAAGCUACC